CAACUCUUCAACAAUACCAAAAACCGACAAACCAACUCCCCGCCGCUGGUUUAUGCACAGCCCAUUCUUCCAAGAAUUUUAACAUCGCAAAAACAAUUCGUAUCCAGACUUUUACCGUGCCAAAAUAAGUCUUGGAGGUUGUUCGAGUCGAGGACUAUUAAACGCCACUGUCCUAUUUGACUCAGUCCCUAGGAUCACGCAGUUGCUUCUCGCCUUGUCUAUCGCCUCUCUCGCAAGUCUUUCCGCUGCUUGCAACGCUUACACCAGUGGUCUGCCAACAGCCACCGGCACUGUCUCUAGCAGUGUAGUCAUCGAAGUCACCGCUGGCAAAACAUUUGAUGGUGGUUGGAAGAAGUAUGGCCGUGGAAGUGGUCCUUGCAGGUCAAUUCCAUUCCGUUCUCUACCCGUCAAUUUACCUUUCUGAAAAGGCGUCUGUGAUAGUGAUCGAGCCGGAGGAGAACGUUAUCAUCGGUGCCAACCAGGCCGAGGGCGCUCAGGAUGCCAUCACCAUCAAAAGCGAUGAGGCAGGCAACUACACCAACAUUCAUCGGUGGUGGUGCUACCAUGCAGAGGACAAGGGUAUUCAACACAAUGGUUGUGGAACAGUUAAUGCAUGUCCUUCCUCUGUCUCUCUUCUCUCUACUGCGAAGCCAAUAAUCCAACCCAAAAUCAUCUUCUUCAUUAGCGACUGUGGAAAGCUCUACCGGUUUUGUGGAAACUACGCAAGCCAGUGCUCCCGUAACGUGUACAUCUCCGGUGUCUACGCCAAGGACGGUGGAACUCUCACUGGUAUCGACUCCAAACAUGGCGACGCCGCUACCAUCAUCGACUCCUGCUACUGUGCGCCCGUGUUUGAAAAAGGGAACAUUCUCACGCCACAACUUGAAGCCGGGCCGCGUUUCGACGGUCCAACUUCCAAGCUCACCAUCACAGUCAAGCUGCACGGCCUCGAAUAUUCAAAGAUCUCGGACAAAUAUAGUAAUCUUCUGGUGCAGUAUACCUAUCUUAUGCAUUUUUUAAUGUGA